UACGUCAUUUAAUUGGGGAGCGAGGAGUGGGUGAAAAUGGUGGGGAGGGGGCCUGCGUCGGGCAACAUAAGAAUGCCGACGCGCGCGGGAGAUCACUCCUGAAACGCAGCUCAGAAAUCUUGGUGGGUUCUGCAGGGGGAGAAGAUAAAAGAGAGAGAUGACAGUGAGGGAGCUCAAAUCUACCCUUUCUUUCUUCUUCAUCUCUUUGCUCUUUCUCGUCAAUGGCGGAAACGGCGAAGACCCUUAUCUAUUCUACACUUGGAAGGUCACCUAUGGCGACAUCUACCCUCUGGGCGUCAAGCAAACGGGAAUAUUGAUAAAUGGGCAAUUUCCAGGGCCGCAGAUCGACUGUGUCACCAACAACAACCUCAUUAUCAGUGUUUACAAUUACUUGAGAGAGCCCCUUCUCAUCUCCUGGAAUGGGUUGCAGCAGAGGAGGAACUCUUGGCAAGAUGGAGUGUAUGGCACAACCUGUCCUAUCCCACCGGGCAAGAAUUUCACUUACAUGCUCCAAGCAAAGGACCAAAUCGGCACCUUCUUCUACUUCCCAUCUCUGGGAAUGCAAAAGGCUGCCGGUGGUUUUGGCAGCAUCAAGAUCUCUAGCCGCCCCCGGAUUCCCGUCCCUUUCCCUCCUCCUUCCGGUGACUAUGCCAUUCUCGCCGGAGACUGGUUCAGGAGAAGUCACAGACAAUUGCAACUUAUCUUGGAUGCCGGCCACAAUCUUCCCUUCCCUGAUGGUCUUCUCAUCAAUGGCCGUGGCUGGAAUGGCUAUACAUUCAAUGUUGAUCAAGGUAAGACGUACAGGUUCAGGAUAUCGAAUGUAGGCCUUGCAACGUCGAUUAACUUCAGAAUACAGGGCCACAAGAUGAAGCUGGUGGAGGUAGAAGGAUCGCAUACGCUUCAGAACUUCUACUAUUCGCUCGACAUCCAUCUGGGGCAAUCCUACUCGGUUUUGGUGACUGCCGAUCAGCCUCCAAAAGACUACUACAUUGCCGUCUCUUCGCGCUUCACCUCCCGAGUUCUCACAACAACAGCCAUUCUCCACUACAGUAACUCGUUUACCCGGGUGUCUGGUCCUCCUCCUAGCGGGCCUACCAUUGAUAUAGCAUCGUCCGUCAUGCAGGCCAGAUCCAUAAGAUGGAAUCUGACUGCAAGCGGACCACGGCCGAAUCCCCAAGGCUCCUACCACUAUGGACUGAUCAAACCUUCCCGAACCAUCAUUCUCGCGAAUUCUGCACCGUAUAUCAAUGGCAAGCAGAGGUAUGCUGUCAACAGUGUCUCCUUCACCCCUGCUGACACUCCAUUGAAACUCGCUGACUACUUUAACAUUGGGGGAGUCUUCAAUCUCGGAAGCAUCCCUGACCACCCCACCUGGGGAAACGCGUACCUCGCCACGUCUGUCAUGGCCGCUGACUACCGGACUUUCAUUGAGAUUGUGUUCCAGAACUGGGAGGAUACCGUGCAGUCCUGGCACAUUGAUGGAUACUCAUUCUUCGUUGUUGGGAUGGAUGGUGGGCAAUGGACUCCAGCAAGUAGAUCUCGAUACAAUUUGAGAGACACAGUUGCGCGUUGCACUACUCAGGUGUAUCCCAGGUCAUGGACUGCAAUCUACAUGGCGCUGGACAAUGUGGGAAUGUGGAACAUCAGGUCCGAGAACUGGGCAAGGCAGUACUUGGGCCAGCAGUUCUAUCUACGGGUUUACACGGCUUCGCUCUCAUGGAGAGACGAAUACCCUAUUCCCAAGAAUGCUCUUCUCUGUGGCCGUGCUAGAGGCCGUCAUACCCGGCCUUUGUGAGGCAGCAACACCACCUAAUUCGGGUCACGAUAGGGUGGCCAUAGGCUUAAAGGUUCUCCACGGGAAAGUUUUUCGAGGCUCAACUCGAGCCAUUGAGUCUUGUUGAAUUCUUCAUUUGUCAUUCCUUUCUAAUUUGCAAGAUGAAAUUUGGUCCUA